AGACUGAGGAUCACGAUGAGGCAAUCCAUAAAGUACAUAUUCGCACUGUUGUUUGCCCUGGAGUGUUUGAGCCUUGGCGACACGGCUCCCAUCGGUGAGCAUCCGGAUCAUGCCGGAUGUAUACGGAUAACGAUCAUCAAGCGACCUUUGGCCACCACCACCACGACAACAACAACAACUACAACCACAACAACCACCACAACCAGAGCCACAACCAUGGCUGGUUAAAAAGGAAUAUACUACAUUCAACACAAACAAUGUGUAGAAAUACACUUAGUCCUCUGGUCAACAACGGUUAAGAAUAUUUUCGAAAUUUAAUAAUCUCUGGUUUAUCAGGAUAUAACAGCAUAUAACCAUUUCUGCGGUAUUAAAUCAAAUUGUCUAAUAUCCAAUUAGUUUCUUGAAUACCGUACUUUUUUCGAAAUUCUACCUUUAUCGCAUGGUAAUCUUUAAUUUAAUCUGUUGAAAACGUUAUAAGGCCCAUUCCUUCCACUUUUCAAAUGGAAAAGGCAUCCGAAAUCAUUGCAUACUUUGCGGCAGACACUCGAAAUGCAAUUUCAGCCACGCCCACUCCCCAAGGUGAUGUAAAAUGGGCUAAAAAGGCUGUGAAAGGCCACCGCACAAUGCACAAACGAAGCUGCCGAAUAUAAUUAAAUAUUUUAUCGCAUAAAAGUGCCAAAAAUGAAACGACAACAAGAAAAUAAGCAGCCGGCAUGCGUUUUUCCAUCUGGCUCCUCUGACCAUUGUGCUUUGUGUACACUACAAAAAAAAAAUGUUUUUUAUGAAUAAUAUUCCGUAUAUUGCAAUUUCGAA